UCAUAUGUUUGCUCAACACACUUAAUUAAUUGCUGGUUUUGUCAUCGCUGAGCUUUUAAUUGUUUAAUUUAAUGUUUACUAAUUUUUCUUGUUAAAACAAUAAAGUGUCUUAGGUUUAAUUAACUGUCUCAUUGGAAUAUCUUCUUGAAAACUUUCAACUAUCAUUUUGUUGGGUCAAUUUUUAGGCUUUGUGAACAAUUUACUGAUUAAUUGCCUCUGAUUGUUGUUACCUGUUAAUCUGUUAAUCCAUUGAAUCUUGUUUUGUUUACCUCAACAACGAUAUUGUUUUCAAGCUUCAAUGGCACUUGGAUCCUACAAUUGAGAGCCAAAGUCUAUUAUCUUGUUAAUUGUCAACGUUCCCAGUUUUGGAUUGAUUAUCUUACCAAUUAUUUUGGAAAAAUCAAUCAGUCAAUUUUAUUUUUAUCUCUAUUUUUAGUAUUAUUAUCUUGACGAUUUUCAAUCUAAUUAACUGUUACAAUGGGCGAUUCUGAUUCUCUACAAUCAUCAAGCGAUAAUACUGUCAGUGCGGUUGAACGGGAGACAAGUUAUGUUGGUUUAACUAAGGAAACAAUUAAAUCGGCGGAUGCAAUCAAUUUUCUAACUACUCCAUCAUCAGGAGCAAUUAACUUAUUCCUUGGAGUAACUCGUCAAGAUGAAAUUGAUUCGGACGGAAAUACUUCUGGUCAAGUAACUUCACUUUACUAUGAAUCUUAUGAAGCGAUGGCGAUCAAGAUGAUGAAUCGAUUAGUUAAACAUACGAUUGACAAAUUCAAAUUGAACAAAUGUUAUGUUAUCCACAGAUUAGGAUUAGUUAAAUUGUGCGAGGCAUCAAUUCUGAUCGGGUGCUCAUCAGCCCACCGACAAGCAGCUCAUGAAGCGACUUAUUAUCUACUUAAUCAAAUCAAAAAGAUUAUCCCGAUCUGGAAAAGGAUCAACGGAUCAGAGGAACCAGAAUUUGAACAAAGUUAUUCAACAUGGAGCUCAAGAAGUGAAGCUUUUUGGUUACCCAGGUCAAGUGAAUCUUAAUUAUAAUUGAAACAAUUUCCUCACACUUGAUAAAUUAAUUGUUUCUAAAUAUUAUUCUAACUAAUGGCAAAUGCUAAUUUAAAAAUCUAUGUUGAUUUAGUAUCUACUUUAAUUCACAAACUCAGCAUCUCAUUAACGAUUAAAUUAAUUAUUCACUUUUUUUCUUCUAA